CUGAUCCUCGGUGGCAUGACUUGGGCCUAUGCUGUGGGCUUCCCCUUGGCCUCUGACCGUUAUGGCCUCCUAGCCUUUGGCCUCUAUGGAGCCUUUCUCUCUGCACACCUGGUGGCCCAGAGCCUCUUUGCCUACCUGGAGCACCGGCGAGUUGCCAGCCGGGCAGCCCGGGGACAGCCAAAAUGCUCCCGGAAGGUGGCACUGACCAUCUCUGCCUACCAAGAGGAUGCUGACUACCUACGGCAGUGCCUGUUGUCAGCCCGGGCCCUGCAGUACCCAAGUGAGCGCCUCCGAGUGCUGCUGGUUGUGGAUGGCAACCGGGAGGAGGACAUGUACAUGGUAGAGAUGUUCCGGGAAGUGUUUGAGGCUGAGAACCCUGCCACCUAUGUGUGGGAUGGAAAUUAUCACCAGCCAUGGGCCCCCCAAGUGUCAGAGGGCAGCGGCAAAGCUGGGGAGGUGGAGGCUGGUGGCUACGCAGAGGUAGAGGCUGAGGACCCAGGACGGCUGACUGUGGAGGCCCUGGUGAGGAGCCACCGAUGUGUGUGUGUGGCUCAACGCUGGGGUGGCAAGCGAGAGGUCAUGUACACAGCCUUCAAGGCCCUCGGGGACUCCGUGGACUAUGUGCAGGUGUGUGACUCAGACACAAGACUGGAUCCCAUGGCCCUGCUGGAGUUGUCCCGAGUGCUGGAUGAGGACAUGACUAUAGGGGCUGUGGGCGGGGACGUGCGGAUUCUUAAUCCUCUGGACUCCUGGGUCAGCUUUCUGAGCAGCCUUAGGUACUGGGUGGCCUUCAAUGUGGAGAGAGCCUGCCAGAGCUACUUCCGAUGUGUGUCUUGUGUCAGUGGCCCUCUUGGUCUGUACAGGAAUGACUUGUUGCAACAGUUCCUGGAAGCCUGGUACAACCAGAAGUUCCUGGGCACCCACUGCACUUUUGGGGAUGACCGCCAUCUCACCAACAGAAUGCUCAGUAUGGGUUAUGCGACCAAGUACACGUCGCUGUCCCGCUGCUACUCAGAGACGCCGGCAUCUUUCCUGCGCUGGCUGAGCCAACAGACACGCUGGUCCAAGUCGUAUUUCCGUGAGUGGCUGUACAACGCCCUGUGGUGGCACCGGCACCACGCGUGGAUGACCUACGAGGCCGUGGUGUCCGGGCUCUUUCCCUUCUUCGUGGCGGCCACGGUGCUGCGCCUCUUCUACGCGGGCUCGCCGUGGGCGCUGCUCUGGGUGCUCGUCUGUGUGCAGGGCGUGGCGGCGGCCAAGGCGGCCUUCGCUGCUUGGCUGCGGGGCUCUCCACGCAUGCUGCUCCUCUCGCUCUACGCACCCCUCUACAUGGGCGGCCUCCUGCCGGCCAAGUUCCUGGCGCUGCUCACCAUGAACCAGAGCGGCUGGGGCACUUCGGGCCGCCGCCGCCUCGCCGCCAACUACGCGCCCGCCCUGCCGCUGGCGAUCUGGGCCGCGCUGCUGCUCGGAGGCCUGCUGCGCAGCAUAAUCUACGAGGCCCAAGCGGACUGGACCGGCGAGGCGCGCAGGACCGAGGCGCGCUAUCUCGCGAUUGGAGCAGCCGCCUACGUCGUCUAUUGGGCGCUCAUGCUGGCUCUCUACUGGGGAGGAGUGCGCAGGCUCUGCCGGCCCAGGGCUGGAGGCUACCAGGUGUCCGUGUGA